AUGUAUACAAUUUUUUGCUAUUGAAUUAAAUGAUAAAAUUGUUCCUAAUCCUUUAUUCAUUAUUCAACUUCUUUUUACCUAUAGUUUUAUGAAUACAACCUUUAUGACUGUAAUCAAAUCUUGUAAUUUUGAAAUACAAUGGAAAUUAUGAAUAGUCGGAUUCGUCUUAUUUAUAAAAUGAAUGAAAGGGCGUAGAAUAAAAUAUGUUUCAGCGUAAAAAUGUCUUAGAAAAUCAAUACGAUCAAUGAGAAACGCUCGAAAAAGGAAAUGAGAGAGUGAAAUCAGAACAUUGUUCUGUAAAUAUGAUAACAGAUGUGAGCGAAAUAUUGACGUUAUCAAGACACCUGGUAAUAAUCAUAUUUAAAUAUUUAUAACAUGGAACUUAAAUGUAAAGUACAGACUUAUGAUUGGGGAAAACAUGGUAUCGAUAGUACAGUUGCAACUUUAAUGAAAUCUGCCAAUUCAGAUUUUGUAUUAGAUGAAAAAAAACCAUACGCCGAAUUAUGGAUGGGUACACAUCCCAAUGGCCCUUCAUUCAUGAAAGACUCAAAUAUAUCUUUAGAGGAAUAUAUAAAACAAAAUAGUGAAGUAUUAGGCAGUGAUACUCUAAAAAUAUUUAGCCAACAACUACCAUUCCUUUUUAAAGUAUUAUCUGUGAAUAAAGCAUUAUCAAUUCAGGCACAUCCAAAUAAGGAAAAAGCAAUAGAGUUGCAUCAACAGUAUCCUACUAUUUACAAAGAUGCAAAUCAUAAACCUGAGCUUGCAAUAGCAUUAACACCAUUUGAGGCUCUCUGUGGUUUCCGUCCAAUUAGAGAGAUAAAAGAGUUUUUAAAAAUUCUUCCAGAAUUACGUGCUGUGAUAGGAGAAGAUAAAGUACUUAAAUUUAUGACAAUAGAUGAAACUGGUAUUAGCAAGGCUUUGAAAACAUGUUUCCAUAGUCUAAUGACUUGUGAUCCUGGUUUGAUAGCACUGCAACUUAGAAAAUUACUUGAUAGAUUAUCUAAUUUAGAUGAGUCAUUAAGACAAACUUUACAUGCCAGUUUACUAGAAAGACUGUACUUAGAUUACCCUGCAGAUGUAGGAUGUUUUGGCAUUUAUUUUUUUAAUUUUGUAACAAUGCAGCCUGGUGAGGCUAUAUACCUUGGACCAAAUGAACCACAUGCAUAUCUUUCUGGUGAUUGCAUUGAAUGUAUGGCAUGUUCUGACAACGUAGUGCGUUCCGGGUUGACUCAAAAAUUAAAAGAUGUGCCAACAUUAAUUGAAAUGUUAACAUAUAAUUGUGAACCAAUUUCUGCAAAAAAAUUUCAACCUUCUCGCGAGGACGAAUGUACUGAAGUAUUUCGUCCUCCCGUAUCAGAUUUUGCAGUUGCCAAAAUUACAAUACCUCCUGGAAGAUCUUCGUAUAAUAUAAUUCCGAGGAGUACAGCUAGUAUUUUAAUCAUUAUAAACGGUAAAGGAGAAAUUUCAUCGUCGAAAAUUCUUUAUCGGGGAUCUGUUAUAUUUAUUGCUGCAAAUGAAGAAAUCGGAAUUAAAGUUUUAUGCGGUUGUCAUCCGAUGUUAAUGUUUCAAGCAUUUGUAAACGUUUAAGGUAACUUUGGAAUAUUAAAUUUAUUCCAAGGGUAACUUUAGAGUAUUCGGAAGAAAAAGUGUGAUAAACGGUAAAAUUGCACGCACAAAGUAUUAUUGCACUUUUGAAUGCUUUUUAGACUAAAGCUAAAGCUGUUAAAUCUUUGAUCUUUGAAUUUUAUCAGUAGUUAUAGUUGAAACUAAAGGUUGAGAAAUGUUAUUUACUAUUCUUCGUUUUAAUAGAAUAGAAACAUUCCAUAGUUUAUAUCGGAUACUAGGAAGUAGAGUUGAUGUGUCUAUACAUCAUGUUUCCAAUAUUAAUGCAUGGAUGUAUAAAAAUUACGAACAUGUUUCAGUUAUAUUGGAAGCAUUUACCAUUUACAAUUCCUGCCAUACACGUAUUAUAAUGCAUUUUGAUUUUCAGUCAAUAUUAUUGAUGUUAAAUAGUAUUUGUUUAUAUUAUAAAAAAUAAUCAUUUUCCUUUCUUUAGAUUACUAUCCUAUUUCAGAAAGGUAUACCAACUUAUACAGUAAUGUACUUAUGCAUUUCUUGUGUCAAAACAUGUAUUUUUAUAUUUGUAUUAUUUAUAAUGAUACAGAAAAGACACAAUUUUAUUGUUCAUUCCAAUGCAGUAACAAAAUUUAAUGUGCAAUCAACUCUAGUCAGGUUAUGUUAACUAUUAUUAUACGUGCAAACAGAUUGUAUUAAGUCGUGGAUUCUCAUUUUAUGGUACUACAUAGCAAAAAAAACGUAAAACUUAAGCCAUUUAAAUAGCAUUUAAAGUUAUCAUUCCAUAAUGUUUUUAUUUAUGGAAAACUAGAAACGUUGUUUUUAUUUCUAUUGUAUGUAAGAUAGUAAACAAGAAUAAAAAUAAUUUUUAAAAUAUUUUAAUGUGUGUAACAACACAUAGUGCCUUUUAUUUACAGGAUUAGAAAUAGCUAAAAUUCGUGUAACAACUAUUGUACUUUAAUAAUGCAAUGCAUCUUUUUUUAUAUAUAUAGAGUAUAAACAUUUACUUUACAGGAUUACAAUUUUAUUUUAUGUACUAGCAAUUUAUAUCAUAAUAAAAAAUUUUUAAUUGUAGUAUAAUAGAAA